UGACUCAGCUAGGCUUGACAGGAAUGAUGUUGCUGGUCUGUAAACGCAAAAACUGUCAUCUCUGUGCAAACAUGGAAGUCCAACACUAAUUCGCUUUUUGUUGCUAUUUCCAGGAUGAAUUAUAUAUUUGAAUAAUAUGCUGGUGUUAAAUCAAUAUGAGGUGUAACCAGCGGUAUGGAAUACGAUGAGAGACUUGCACGCUUUCGCCAGGGUCACAUCAACCCGUUUGACAGGAGUGAAAGUAAUGGCACCUCAGACAGAAAGGAUCCUCCUAAACAGGAGGUGAGACCGGAGAUCUUCUCCACUGAAACCAAAAGCCAAAACUCAGACCGGACCAUGGACCUAGGGCUGGCUGAGGACCAUUUCUCACGACCUGUGGGUUCUUUUGUGGCGUCAGACAUUGAGCAGCUGAAGCAGGCUAUAGAGGAGUGUAAGAAACUGAUUUUGGAGCUGCCGGAACAUUCUGAGAGACAGAAGGACACCGUGGCCAAACUCAUCCACCUUCGUCUCAAACUUCAGGAACUGAAGGACCCGGAGGAAGAUGAGCCCAACCUGCGCAUCCUGCUGGAGCAUCGCUUCUCUAAAGAGAAGAGCAAAAGCGUGAAACAGACAUGUGACAAGUGCAGCACCAUCAUCUGGGGUCUUAUUCAGACCUGGUACACGUGCACAGGUUGUUAUUACCGUUGCCACAGCAAGUGCAUGAAUCUCAUCACAAAGCCGUGCGUGAGGUCUAAAGUGAGCCAUCAGUCGGAAUACAAACUAAACAUCUGCCCAGAGAACGGCCUGGACAAACAGGAUUACAGAUGUGCAGAGUGCCGAGCUCAGAUCUCGCUCAGAGGCGUCCCGAGCGAGGCGAGGCAGUGUGACUAUACGGGACAGUACUACUGCAGCAGCUGCCACUGGAACGACACCUCCAUCAUCCCUGCACGUGUCAUUCACAACUGGGAAUUUGAGCCCAAAAAGGUGUGUCGAUCAUCCAUGCGUUAUCUGGCUCUUAUGAUCUCCCGACCUGUGCUGAAGCUAAAGGAGGUAAACCCACUGCUCUUUAACUUCGUAGAGGAGCUGGUGGAAAUCAGGAAGCUACGCCAGGAUAUAUUACUGAUGAAGCCCUACUUUAUUACCUGUAAAGAAGCCAUGGAAGCCAGACUGCUGCUGCAGCUUCAAGAUCGGCAGCACUUUGUGGAGAACGACGACAUGUACAGUCUACAGGACCUGAUCGACAUCUCCAGCGGCCGGCUCAGCUGCUCUCUCACCGAGAUUCACACCACCUUCGCCAAGCACAUUAAACUCGACUGUGAGCGAUGCCAAGCCAAAGGAUUUGUGUGUGAGCUGUGUAAGGAGGGGGAUAUUCUCUUCCCAUUCGACAGCCAUACCUCAGUGUGUCACGACUGCUCUGCUGUUUUCCACAGGGACUGUUACUAUGACAACUCUACAACGUGUCCACGAUGCGCCCGGAUGACCGAGCGGAAGCAGGAUGAGCUGGCGGAGCUUUAGAGAUGCAGGACGUUUGCAGGAGCUAACAGACUUUCACUGUGACAGCAAUACAGUCAGUGCUAAGACUGGUAUUGUGAGCAUGCGUUUAUUACUGACACAUUCCCGGUGUUCAGUCUGCUUCUCUGUAUCGGCUCUUUCUUAUUCUCCCGUGCUUUGCGUGUCCUGCUCGCGUCUUUGUAACACUACAGCACCGGUGAAGGCAGGAGAGACACUCGGUUGGAGGUAACUAGAGGAUAGAAAACAGAACACUAUGAGUGUUACAAAAUUUUUAACAGGUUCAGCACUGCUUUCCUAUUAAAAAAUCCUAUCCCAUAAUUUAAUGAAUGAGAGUUUUAGGGUGCUUUCACGCUUUUUUCCCCCCCCAUUCAAAGUCUGUUUGAAGCCAGCUGGGAGACUUUAGCUGCUUGUGUCAUGUCGCUUACUGGUGGAACGUCCUGACCAAUAAACGCCAUUUACGACCUGAUCAAUCAAUUUAAAAAAAAAACAACCUCUUGCCUAAGGCUGCUGAAAUAUUUCCACUAAUCCGCUUAUAUUAUUUCGCUAACAAGUCUAAUUUGUUGAGCGAAUCUGUUCUUCCGUGUUAGUUUAGCUUUCUUUCUCGACAUCUUGCAACCUGAUUGGCCAGGAGGUAACAAAACACUUCAUUUUACUCUUCACUUCCCCAAAAAUGCUGCAAGGUGACAUCAGAACUUAGUGUUCAAAAAGUGUGAAAGCACCCUUUAUAUAAGCUCCUUUAUUAUAGUACAGUAUAAUAUAUUUCUGUAUCUAUCUCUGCAUUGUAGUUCCUGGGAGCUAGCAGGAUUUGGUGUGAUGUGAUGUGAAGGAGAAACGGAUUUCUCUAUGCCAAGCGUUUAGCAAAAUCCCGACAUAUACAUUCAGCCCAUUUUAGGUUCAGUUGAAUGGCAGGUAAAGUGAAAGAGAAAGAGGAGGAAAUGAGGAGUAACACACCUCUGUACACGACUACGUGUACGUCUCUACGACACUCGGUUAUCAGUACGCUCUGGUUUGCAGAUGCAGGUGAUGCCUCAGAAUGGACUGAAAUGGUUUAUGCACUCUUUAUUAUUUGUUCUAAAAUAAUAUGGAAUAUGCUGUGUUAUCUUUUAGCAUGCCACUUGUCUUUUUUUUCAUGCUGCGGUAUAACGGACAUUGUGGUGUCAAGUGUUGUGAAGUUAUUGUCCUGUGUGCAAUGUAACGUGAUGAAGAACACGAGUGAAAUAAAUGACUACAUCGUC